AUGUUAUCGAGUCCUCUAAUCGUUCUUAUUCUUUUCUUGACGAUUGGUACGAGUGUAUGCUAUGAGAAAUCAUACGCAAAUCAUCAAGUAUGGCGUUUACAUAUUACUAAUAACGAACAAAUCGCUAAAAUAUCGGCUUUCAGUCAUAUAGCCCACUUGCACGAUAUCAAUUUUUGGUCAGAACACUUUCGCAUUGAUGAGCCAGUCGAUGUUCGUGUGCCACCUGCCGCAGUCGAUAGUUUCGCUGAGUUUUUAACAUCGGACGGUGUGAAAAUUGAAUAUGUAGUUCAUAUGGGUGAUGUUGGUGCAAUAAUUGAAAAUCAAAAAAUCGUACAAAAUUUAACUCGAUUAUUAUCGAAUACAAAUGAUUUUGCCUACGAUAAAUACCAUACUCUUGAAGAAAUUCAGGCAUGGAUUGAUCAAAUGGUUUCAACUUAUUCUGAAUUAGCCACACUGUUUACCGUUGGAAAAUCAUAUGAAAAUCGAGAUAUAAUAGGCUUCAAAAUUUCAUCAAAGAAAAUGGCAACUAAGCUCGAUGGUACCAAAACUGCCAUGAAAAAAGCUGUUUGGUGGGAUGGAGGAAUUCAUGCUCGAGAAUGGAUUAGCCCGGCAACAGUCAUCUAUAUUGCCUAUACAUUUUUAUCAAAGUAUGGCCAAGAUCCAACUAUUACGCAUUUAGUUGAUCAAUUUGAUUUUUAUAUUUUGCCCGUCUUUAAUGUUGAUGGUUAUGUAUAUACAUGGACAAAAGAUCGAUUGUGGCGCAAGACUCGUAGUAAAACAUCAGUUCCAACAUGUUUUGGUGCCGAUCCAAAUCGUAAUUGGGAUUAUCAUUGGUGUGAAAAUGGUGCUUCGCAUGAUCCUUGUUCAGAUACUUUUUGUGGUGGGAAAGCAUUCUCUGAAAUUGAAGUAUCCCAAGUAGCAAAAUAUAUUGCUGAUCAACAAGGUGCAAUUGUACACUAUAUCAAUUUCCAUUCAUAUUCACAAUUGUGGAUGUCACCAUGGGGUUGGACGGCAGCAAGACCAGCACAAUACAAAUUACAAGAUGAUGGAUCUGUGGUAGCUAUCAAUGCACUUGCUGCUUUAUAUGGUACCAAGUAUGGACAUGGUUCUAUUGCUGAAAUCAUCUAUGUUUCAUCGGGUAGUUCAGCUGAUUGGACAUAUGGCACAGCUAAUGUAACAUUUAGUUAUGGUGUCGAACUUCGUGAUACUGGUGAAUAUGGUUUUUUGCUUCCCGAAAACCAAAUUAUUCCAACUGGUCAAGAAACAUUGGCUGGUUUAAUUGCCUUAGUUCAAUACAUUGAAAAACACGUCUACGCUUAA